AUACAGAUUAGUGGGCAGUCAACAACUCUCUUUGUCUUUGCCAUAUAAACAUUUUUCUCUCUUACUCUUCACAGUGAAAGUAUAUAUAUUUUUUCCCCUUUUAUUAUGUGUAUUUGUAUUUAACUCUGUCCUUGAGACACCCCUUCUUUGCUUCACCCAUACUCUUGUCUCUCUUGAGUUUUUAUUAUUAUUCUCAGUUUGUAUUAUCAAGAAUCACAUCUUUUUUUCAUUUGUCUUUAUGCUUAUUUCAGAAUAACUUCUUGUUUUCUUCUCAAAUCUAUGUGGGUAUUUUCCAACAUUAGUUUUUUAUUCAACUAAAUCCUAAAAAGGGACUCUUAAUUUGACUCUAAUGGAUGUUUCUUGUGAUCUUCAAGUGGAUGUCAAUGGUGAACAAGUCUUUAUGGUAGAUAAGGAGGUUAUAUGUUCGUAUUCAGGGAGAAUAAACAAAUUGAUAGGGAAAUCGAAACGAGGGACACGAUAUUUAAAGGUGAUAUUUCAUGACUUUCCUGGUGGAGCUGAGAGUUUUGAGCUAAUUACAAGAUUUUGUUACAGCAAAGGGAAGAUUGAGAUAAGUUCUAUUAAUGUUUCAACUCUAUAUUGUGCUGCCUCUUAUAUGGAAAUGAAGAAAUCUGUAUCAGGGAACCAAAAUCUGUUUGAACUAACUGAGAAAUCGCUCGAAGAUGUUAGGUAUUGGACUUGGUCUGAGCUUCUUGAUGCUCUAAGAUUGUGUCAAAAUUUGAUGCCUGUGGCAAGUUCUUCAGGUGUAAUUGAUAAAUACCUGGAUUCUCUUAUUGGGAGGGUUGCUUCUUCGUGUGAAACGAGCCCUUGUCCGUCAACUUCCUCUGCUGACAGCUCUGGAUUUCGGUUGUCUUGUGAUACGAAAAGUACAGAGAGCUUGAGAAAUAGUGCAUUUCGAGCAACAUGGUGGUUUGAGGAUCUUGCUUCUUUCGAGCCGUUUUUGAUUGAAACUUUGGUUAAGCAAAUGGUAUCCAAAAACAUUGACCAUGGACUUCUUAGUAAGUUCCUCUUCUGUUACCAAAAAUCAAGAUUUUCAGUGGCUAAAACGAUGGACGAGAAAUGCAAGACCAUGGAGACUGUUAUUGAGAUGCUUCAUUUGCUAGAUUCAAGCUGCAUUUCCUUCAAAACCUUGUUUGGAAUGCUUCGAAUUACUCUAAAUCUAAAGAUAAGCAAGUUCUCCCGGAACAAGUUAGAGAGCAUGAUUGGCUCCCAGUUGGAUCAAGCGACUUUGGAUAACCUCCUGCUCCCGUCACCUGUUGGAUCGAGUUAUUUAUAUGAUGUAAAUUUAGUUCUUAGGUUAUUGAAAUCAUUCAUCAGCAAAGGGGCAUGUUGUGUUCCGUUAACUCGAUUGAGGAAAGUUGCUAGCUUGAUAGACUUGUACAUAGCAGAAGUAGCUCCUGAUCCAUGCGUAAAACCUUCCAAGUUCCUUGCCCUGAUCAGGUCGCUCCCCGAGUCUGCUAGGGACUCAUAUGAUGCCAUAUACCAUGCCACGCUUAUGUAUCUCGAGGUUCAUUCAGGGUUAUCUGAAGAGGAAAAGAUGAAAGUAUGUAGUGGACUAAGCUACGAGAAGCUAUCAUCGGAGGCUUGUAGCCACCUUGCUCGUAACAAAAAGUUCCCUUCAAAAUCUGCUGGACAAGCUCUCAUAAGUCAGCAAGUAAAGCUCAAAAGCUUACUUCAAGAAACCAAUCAAGCCAGUCCAUACCUCGAUUCGCCUUGUAGUUUGUUGGAAACAGGACAUGAAGAUCAACAAAUCGUGCUAUACGCGGGAAAGCUAGAUCUUUCAACAGAGAAUGAGAAGCUCAAAGAACAUUUACAAGGCAUGCAAUGGAGAGUACUAGAAUUGGAAAAAGCUUGUAGGAAAAUGCAAAAUCAAAUGGCAAAGAUGUUGAAAUCAAGAAUAUCUAGCCAUAAUAAUGCUAGAUCAUUACCUAGGCUAUGUUCUUGAUUUAUUUUACUAUAAUUAAUCUUAUUAUUUUUUGAAAUGUUUUAUGUCAAUAGCAAAGUGUACUAUUACAAUUACUCCCUCGGUUCCUCUGUCUCAUUUUAUAUGAUUUACUUUCUUUUUU